AUGUCGGUCGUUUGUCUAUCGUCUUUGGGUCGCUAUAGCACUGUGGCAUUCCGUUCUUCCAGUGGAAUGGUGGUAAGGUUGUGUUAAUUAAGACUGUCCAUUUUAACGAUUGCCCAAUUAAUGAAUGCGGUUUGUUAAUGAAUGCGGUUUGUUGAUCGUUUCGAACGACGUGCGCUUGUCAGCUAGCUAACUUCGCUGCUACUCAUUCAUAUCCAUAGACACUAACUGCUUUAGCAAAGAUUUGUAUAACUAACCCAAGAUAGACCAGAGCCUGUCGUUUCCAAUAGGAGCAAAUUAAUCAUAGUGGGCAGAACAUUCUAGGUUGUUUCUAGAACCGUAAUGUUACGGCAAAUGAGAAUCGAUUCACGUUUAGAUGGAGUAUUUUGAUGUUUUGGCUUCUUUUUUUGUGCAUUUUAUAUGGCGGUUGGCAACCAACUUUAAGGUGCAUUACUGCCACAAACUGGACUGGCGUGUGGACCAGAGACAGAGAAUCAAGGGAAGGUCUAAAUCCUACCCAUUAUUCUCUAAGGAAACAAAAUGCAUAAUUAAAUACUACAUCCCCUGAAGAUUUCCCCAGCAGUUAACUUAAUAUUGGCUCCUCAACCCAAUUACUCCUUAAAUCGAAUAACAAUCUCUCUCUUUCCAUCCCAUAUUGCUGGCACUGAAAUAUAAAGUGUUCCACUGUCUCUAUCUCCUCCUGACAAUGAUCACACUUCCCAGUCGGAUGUUUUUCAAUGUACUAUUGAGCCUUGUGAUUACACUUUCCUCCCUUCUCACCUUGACCUGAGGAUGUAUCUGCCCCCAACUUUUCCUGGAUCUUAUACAGUUGUUUUCCCUUUCCCUCCCUGUUCCACAACUCUUGCCACUUGUUUUUAACCACUUUUUUAUCAACCCCUUGGCUUCUGCUUUACUGAUUGACAAUUCCAUCUCAACAUUAGGAUGUUUAAGAGCCUGCUUGGCGAUAACAUCCACCUCCUCAUUCCCAUCUACACCCACAUAAGAUGGUACCCAGAGGGGUAUUUGAUGUUCCAAUCUGUCUCAUCCUAGACAAGCACGGCAAAACCUCAUAUGAUACAUCCUGUCUGCUCCGAGACAGAAAUUAAUUUAAGCUCAUCAGUGCUGCACAGGAGUCAGAGCAGAUGACUACUCUGUCUGGCCUCACCUCCCCCACCCACCCUGCAGCCAAUAGUAUGGCCAACAACUCCAUUGUGUAAACAGAUAAAUAAUCCAUUGCUCUUUUUGUCACUGCCACCGUAAACUCAGGAACACUAAAAGCUGCACCUGUCCUCCCUAGUUACUAAUAUUAGUUGUCAAUGCUUUUACAUUUUAGUCAUUUAGCAGACACUCUUAUCCAGAGCGACUUACAGUUAGUGAGUGCAUACAUUUUCAUACUGGCCCCCCCGUGAGAAACGAACCCACAACCCUGCCGUUGCAAGCGCCAUGCUCUACCAACUGAGCUACACGGGGCUGUCACUUGAGGAUGUAGCUAGCUACCUUUCAUCAGUGUGAGUAAGUUUGCUAGCUGUGUAUCUGUGCACAUUAGCUAGUAGUAGUUAGAUAUCCAUUACAUUACCUAGCUAGUAAAGUAAACAAUCGAGUAAAAAAAACGUAUCGUCACAUACACUGGAUAGGUUCAGUGAAAUGUGUUAGAAUGUUGUUUGAUCUUGAUUCAUCUGUUGCUUGUCAAUACUUCAUAUAGUGUCUAUUGGAGAUAGAGGUAUUGUUCACAAGUUUAACAUUCAGUAAAUAUGGGCAGAAUAAGUUGGAUAAGUAGUUUAAGGUUAUGUGCUUUUUUAACACUUGAUGUAAUGUAGUUAUAUGACCUGUAGGGGGACCGGUAUAAGAAUGCCACAAAAUACACUACAUUGCCAACAGUAUGUGGACACCUGCUGGUCGAACAUCUCAUUCCAAAAUCAUGGGCAUUUAUAUGGAGUUGGUCCCCCCCCCCCCCUUUGCUGCUAUAACAGCCUCCACUCUUCUGGGAAGGCUUUCCACUAGAUGUUGGAACAUUGCUGCGGGGACUUGCUUCCAUUCAGCCACAAGCAUUAGUGAGGUCAGGCACUGAUGUUGGGCGAUUAGGCCUGGCUCGCAAACAGCGUUCCAAUUCAUCCCAAAGGUGUUCGAUGGAGUUGAGGUCAGGGCUCUGUGCAGGCCAGUCAAGUUCUUCCACACCGAUCUCGACAAACCAUUUCUGUAUGGAACUAAGGGGCCUAGCCCAAACCAUGAAAAACAGCCCCAGAACAUUAUUCCUCCUCCACCAAACUUUACAGUUGGUACUAUGCAUUCGGGAAGGUAGCGUUCUCCUGGCAUCCGCCAAACCCAGAUUCAUCUGUCGGACUGCCAGAUGGUGAAGCAUGAUCCAUCACUCCAGAGAAUGCGUUUCCACUGCUCCAAUGUGAAAUGGCUGCAAGCUUUACACCACUCCAGCCGACGCUUGGCAUUGCGCAUGGUGAUAUUAGGCUUGUGUGCAGCUGCUUGGCCAUGGAAACUCAUUUCAUGACGCUCCCGACGAACAGUUCUUGUGCUGACGUUUCUUCCAGAGGCAGUUUGGAACUAAGUAGUGAGUGUUGCAACUGAGGACAGACGAUUUUUACGUGCUUCAGCACUCGGCGGUCCCGUUUUGUGAGCUUGUGUGGCAUACCACUUUGAGGCUGAGCCGUUGUUGCUCCUAGACGUUUCCACUUCACAAUAACCACACUUAGAGUUGACCGGGGCAGCUCUAGCAGGGCAGAAAUUUGACAAACUGACUUGUUGGAAAGGUGGCAUCCUAUGACGGUGCCACAUUGAAAGUCACUGAGCUCUUCAGUACGGGCCAUUCUACUGCCAAUGUUUGUUUAUGGAGAUUGCAUGGCUGUGUGCUCUAUUUUAUAAACCUGUCAGCAACGUGUGUGGCUUAAAUGGCCAAAUCCACUAAUUUGAAGGGGUGUCCACAUACUUUUGUGUGUCUGAAUGGGGUUACAGACCUUGCUCCACCAGGUAUAUUUCCUCUGAUCUAGGAUCAGCUUAUCCUUCCCCAUAUCUAGCGGGGAAUUCUCAACUCCACGAUAUGUACAUCACAUCUCAAUGGAGUUGAGUUUAGGCAUAGUAGUGUACCUCCGACUACAUCGAGUCAGUGGUAGUUGAUAAUUGUAAAAAUAUCCGUUCUUUAAUGCACACCACAUUGUACAUAUGUUUGUGCUGUGUAAAGGCGUUAUUUUCUUUGGGUGCUGCAAUCUGUGUGACCUCUGUCAAAUUGCACCACGUAAUCGACUUCAAACAUGCACUACCACUCGAUACUUCUAUAAAUGUCAAUUAUUUAAUGCUUACUGUGUACCUGUGCUUGUCCUGAUUUGUUAUAGAUUUGUCAGUGGGAGUUGGAAUCCAUAGUUUUUUAUAAAACCUUGCACUCUGUAUCCCCUGCCAAAACGUAAAAAAUCUGCCGUGCUAUGACAGAGCUGCUCCUUCUCCAUCAACAAACAACGGCUCCCUUGGCGGAGGUCGCAGUUUGCUGCACGCACAAAACAAAUAUUAGACUACAGGGAUCUUGAUCCAUGACUCAGGAGGGGAUUGAUUGUUUCUGCUGUAACCAAGAAGCUUGAUCUUGCAAGCUAGACAUUUAGUGAAACAUUUGCAAACCAAAUGUAUAGCUGGAGCGAAUUUAUUUGUCUUAGUUCAACUUCAAAUUUGAUUUGCCACAUACGCCGAAUACAACAGGUGUAGACAUUACAGUGAAAUGCUUACUUACAAGCCCUUAACCAACAAUGCAGUUUUUAAGAAAAAAAGAAAGUGUUAAGUAAAAAAUAGCAAAUAAUUAAAGAGCAGCAGUAAAAUAAAAUAACAGUAGGGAAGCUAUAUACAGGGGGUGCCGGUACAGAAUGUGCAGGGCACCAGUUAAUUGAGGUAAUAUGUACAUGUGCGUAGAGUUAAAGUGACAAUGCAUAAAUAAUAAACAGAGUAGCAGCAGCGUAAAUGAGGGGGAUGGGGUGGCAAUGCAAAUAUUCCGGGUAGCCAUGAUUAGCUGUUCAGGAGUCUUAUGGCUUGGGGGUAGAAGCUGUUAAGAAGCCUUUUGGACCCAGACUUGGCGCUGCGGUACCGCUUGCCGUGCGGUAGCAGAGAGUCUAGGGUGGCUGGAGUCUUUUGAUACUUUUUUGGGCUUAUAGUUAUAAGAUAUUUACCUUGCAAACAUUAGGAGUGAACUUCAAGAGUAACUUGAUCACCUCUCUUGCGCUGCACGAGUGGAUUGUCAUGAAGCCAAAAAAAAAUACUAAAUGGUAUUGAAAAACAUACCGUGGGUAUUUCAUAAUACCCCAGUAUACGUUAUAUACCAGGGAUCAUCAACUUGAUUCAGCCACGGGCUGAAUAUAUAUAUUUUUCUUUAGCGUAUGGUCAGGGUGCCGGAACAUAAUUGACCGCAAAAAGCCCAAACAGAUAUAAUAUUUGACUAAAACAUCAUCAUUUCAAACCUUGCUUACAUUUGUAUAUGAUCAAACACUGAGUAUACAAAACAUUAAGAACACUUUCCAUGACGUAGACUGACCAGGUAAAAGCUAUGAUCCCUUAUUGAUGUCACUUGUCAGAUCCACUUCAAUCAGUGUAGAUGAAGGGGAGGAGACAGGUUAAAGAAGGAUUUUGUUGAGCGUGAAAAACCCAGCAGCGUUGCAGUUCUUGACACAAACCGGUGCAUCUGGCACCUACUACUAUACCCAGUUCAAAGGAACUUACAUUUUUUGUCUUGCCCAUUCAUGCUCUGAAUGGCACACACACAAUCCAUGUCUCAAGGCUUAAAAAUCCUUCUUGAAUCUGUUUCCUCCCCUUCAUCUACACUGAUUUUAAGUGGUUUAACAAGUGACAUCAAUAAGGGAUUAUAGCUUUCACCUGUUCAGUCUGUCAUGGAAAGAGCAGGUGUUCUUAAUGUUUUGUAUGCUCAGUAUAUACACUCAACACUGCCAAUAAAAUUAUUAUACGAGGAACAUUGGGUCGUUAUUCAUGAAGAACUUGUUCUAUCCCACAGCUUGUAAUGUGGUUUGUUAUGACAGACAGGCUAAACAGUCCUCAUUCUCUCUCCUCCUCUACUGUCAGGCGGUUCGGUACGGCCAGACAGCGGCGGCCACAGUACCACAGCCCAGAGUCAAGAAGUUCCAGGUGUACCGCUGGGACCCAGACACAGUGGGGGACAAGCCCCGUAUGCAGACCUUUGAGAUUGAUCUCAACACGUGAGUACAGCCCGCCUUAUCAGCUGAACACUUCCAUUAGGUUAUUGGAACAGGGACUUUGUAAUUUAUCGAAUGUUAUCACAGUGUCAGAUCUUUUUAGUACAGACCUCCCCUUGUGUAUUAUGAUGAUGAUGAUGAUGAUGAUGAUGGAGGAGGAAUACCCCUCCUAUAGACUAGACUGACUGUCCUGGACAGUAGUAUGUUCUGUAGGUGUUACUCCUCUUUUCAUUUAGGAGUUCACGACUUGAGUUACAGACAGCCAGGACAGACCUCUCAAGGCGGCCAAUUAUUUCUCUCAAGAUACAGUCCUCAUGUAGUUCUCUGUAAAAGAGGAGCAUGUUGCAGUGGUGUUUAGGGCAUUAAUUAUUAACUCAAGUGACAACACUGUUCCUGAUUGCUUAGUCACUUUUACCCCUACCUACAUGUACAUAUUACAUCAACUACCUCGUACCCCUGCACAUUGACUCGGUACCGGUACUCCUUGAAUAUAGCCUCGUUAUUUUGUGUUACUAUUUCCUUUUUUAUGUAUUUCUUAACUUUUUUACACUGCAUUGUUGGGAAAGGGCUCGUAAGUAAGCAUUUCACUGUAAAGUCUACACCUGUUGUAUUCGGCGCAUGUCACAAAUAAAAUUGGAUUUGUUCGAGAGGGAAUCAUCAGCACCCUUCAUAUGAAAUUGAGGAUAACCCUGAUACUCUGGACAGGUUCCCAGUCCUCUUCCUGUACUUUCUCCAUCUGUCCAAUCCUGUUGGCUCACCUCUGGCAAUGAGGCAUUGUGACAAAAAAACAUUUUGGGUACUAUCACAGCAUGGAUAUGUAUAGUAUACUGAACAAAAAUAUAAACGCAACAUGUACAGUACCAGUCAAAAGUUUGGACACACCUACUCAUUCAAGGGUUUUUCUUUAUUUUUACUAUUUUCUACAUUGUAGAAUAAUAGUGAAGACAUCAAAACUAUGAAAUAAUACAUAUGGAAUCAUGUAGUAACCAAAAGAAAUGUUAAACAAAUCAAAAUAUAUUUUAUAUUUGAGAUUCUUCAAAGUAGCCACCCUUUGCCUUGAUGACAGAUUUUCACACUCUCAACCAGCUUCAUGAGGUAGUCACCUGGACUGCAUUUCAAUGAACAGGUGUGCCUUGUUAAAAGUAAAUUUGUGGAAUGUCUUUCCUUCAUAAUGCAUUUGAGCCAAUCAGUUGUGUUGUGACAAGGUAGGGUUGGUAUACAGAAGAUAGUAUUUUACCAAAUAGCUAUAACUAUGAAAGAACAUAUAUGGAAUCAUAUAGUAACCAAAAAAGUGUUUAACAAAUCAAAAUAAAUAUAUUUAGAUUCUUCAAAGUAGCCUUGAUGACAGCUUUGCACACUCUUGGCAUUCUCUCAGCCAGCUUCACCUUGAAUGCUUUUCCAACAGUCUUAAAGGAGUUCCCACAUAUGCUGAGCACUUGUUGGCUGCUUUUCCUUCACUCUGCAGUCAAACUCAUCCCAAACCAUCUCAAUUGGGUUGAGGUCGGGUGAUUGUGGAGGCCAGGUCAUCUGAUGCAGCACUCCAUCACUCUCCUUCUUGGUCAAAUAGCCCUUACACAGCCUGUAGGUGUGUUUUGGUUCGUUGUCCUGUUGAAAAACAAAUGCUAGUCCCACUAAGCGCAAACCAGAUGGGAUGGCGUAUCGCUGCAGCAUGCUGUGGUAGCCAUGCUGGUUAAGUGUGCCUUGAAUUCAAAAUAAAUCACUGACAGUUUUACCAGCAAAGCACCCCCCACACCUCCUCCUCCUCCAUGCGUCACGGUGGGAACCACACAUGCGGAGAUAAUCCGUUCACCUACUCUGCGUCUCACAAAGACACGGCGGUUGGAACCAAAAAUCUCAAAUUUGGACUCAUCAGACCAAAGGACAGAUUUCCACCGGUCUAAUGUCCAUUGAUUAGUGUUUUUUGGCUCAAGCAAGUCUCUUCUUCUUAUUGGUGUCCUUUAGUAGUGGUUUCUUUGCAGCAAUUAGACCACGAAGGCCUGAUUCACGCAGUCUCCUCUGAACAGUUGAUGUUGAUGUGUCUGUUACUUGAACUCUGUGAAGCAUUUAUUUGGGCUGCAAUUUCUGAGGCUGGUAACUCUAAUGAACUUAUCCUCUGCAGCAGAGGUAACUCUGGGUCUUCCGUUCCUGUGGCAGUCCUCAUGAGAGCCAGUUUCAUCAUAGCGCUUGAUGGUUUUUGCGACUGCACUUGAAGAAACUUUCCAAGUUCUUGAAAUUUUCCGGAUUGACUGACCUUCAUGUCUUAAAGUAAUGAUGGACUGUAGUUUCUCUUUGCUUAUUUGAGCUGUUCUUGCCAUAAUAUGGACUUGGUCUUUUACGAAGUAGGGCUAUCUUCUGUAUACCACCUCUACCUUGUCACAACACAACUGAUUUGCUCAAACUCAUUAAGAAGGAAAGAAAUUCCACAAAUUAACUUUUUAAGAAGGCACACCUGUUAAUUGAAAUGCAUUCCAGGUGACUACCUCAUGAAGCUGGUUGAGAGAAUGCCAAGAGUGUGCAAAGCUGUCAUCAUGGCAAAGGGUGGCUAUUUGAAGAAUCUCAAAAAUAAAAUAUAUUUUGAUUUGUUGAACACUUUUUUGGUUACUACAUGAUUCCAUAUGUGUUAUUUAAUAGUGUUGAUGUCUUUACUAUUGUUCUACAAUUUAAAAAAUAAUAAAAAUAAAGAAAAACCCUUGAAUGAGUAGGUGUCCAAACUUUUGACUGGUACUGUAAAGUGUUGGUCCCCUGUUUCAUAAGCUGAAAUAAAAGAUCCAAGAAAUUGUCCAUACGUACCAAAAGCUUAUUUCUCUCAAAUUUUGAGCACAAAUGUCUUUACAUCCCUGUUAGUGAGCAUUUCUCCUUUGCCAAGAUAAUCCAUCCACCUGACAGGUGUGGCAUAUCAAGAUACUGAUUAAACAGCAUGAUCAUUACACAGGUGCACCGUGUGCUGGGGACAAUUAAAAAGGCACUUUAAAAUGUGCAGUUUUGUCACACAACACAAUACCACAGAUGUCUGAAGUUUUGAGGGAGCGUGCAAUUGGCAUGCUGACUGCAGGAAUGUCCACCAGAGCUGUUGCCAGAGAAUUGAAUGUUCGUUUCUCUACCAUAUGCCGCCUUUAGAGAAUUUAGCAGUACGUCCAACCGGCCUCACAACCGCAGACCACGUAAAACCACGCCAGCCCAGGACCUCCACAUCCGGCUUCUUCACCUGUGGGAUCGUCUGAGGGGGUGCUGAGGCCUAUUUCUGUCUGUAAUAAAUCCCUUUUGUGGGAAAAAACGCAUUCUGAUUGGCUGGGCCUGGCUCCCCAGUGGAUGGGUCUGGCUCCCAAGUGGGUGGGCCUAUGCCCACCCAUGGUUGUUCCCCUGCCCAGUCAACUGAAAUCCAUAGAUUAGGGCCUAUGAAUUUAUUUCAAUUGACUGAUUUCCUUAUAUGAACUAACUCUGUAAAAUCUUUGAAAUUGUUGCGUUUUAUAUUUUUGUUCAGUAUAUGUGUCUCCUGUUGUCAUACAUCUUCAGUGUACAGAUGUGGUUCUUAAAAAACAAUAAGUGGACUGUCUGCUUCCCUCCUUUCCACAGCUGUGGCCCCAUGGUAUUGGACGCCCUCAUCAAGAUAAAGAAUGAGAUGGACGGCACUCUGACCUUCCGUCGCUCCUGCAGAGAGGGUCAGUGUGGGAAGGGAAGUGGGGUUAGUUUGUGGAUACUGAUGAAUAGAUGAAAUGGUUGGAAUGAUUCUAGAGGUGAAUCCCUAGAUGUUCUUUGAGGAGUGAGAGAAGAGCUGGGAUUAGUGUUCUUAAAUGUUGGUUUACUGUGUUUUUGUUACGUUAGGAAUUUAGAUAGCGGGAAGGUUGGAAAGUGUGUCCAGGAUGGAAUUAUCUUAGAACAGGUUGUCCAGGGGUGAUACCAGAGCAGCUUAGUUUAUUCUAGUGACUGACUAUCCUCCGAUGGAUAUGCCCCAGUCAAGGAAAAAUAACAUGUAUCCGUUCCUUUUACAACUUCAUAUGUGAGUAAUGCAGGGUUUGUAUGCGUGUAUCUGUGUGUUUGCAAUGGUGCAGGUAUCUGUGGAUCCUGUGCAAUGAACAUCAAUGGAGGCAACACACUAGCCUGUCUGAACAAGAUUGACACCAACACCAGCAAGGCUACCAAGAUCUACCCUCUGCCACACAUGUACGUGGUCAAAGAUCUGGUCCCUGUGAGUAUAAUCACAUUCCAUACAAGCUCGUCAACAAACUGGCUAUAUUCUUUUGUCCACCAUAGAUUUCAAUUGUCAAUCCCACAUUAAAAUUGGAGUGAGUUUGUGAUGGAGUUAUGUUUUGGUUGCAGGACAUGAGUAAUUUCUAUGCUCAAUACAAGUCGAUUGAGCCCUACCUGAAGAAGAAGGAUGAGACAAAUGAGGGAAAGGAACAGUACCAUCAGACUGUGGAGGACAGAAAAAAACUGGUACACCCGAAUUACUUCUGGUUCAUUGACAAUGAGCAGAAUUUAGAUGGUUGAACAGAGUGCUGCAACUGUGUCCAUUUUGUGAAAAUGUCUGUGUUCUCCUUCUUACUGUCCUGUCUCUCCCUGUCAGGACGGGCUGUAUGAAUGUAUCCUGUGUGCGUGCUGCAGCACCAGCUGCCCCAGCUACUGGUGGAAUGGAGACAAGUACUUGGGACCUGCUGUUCUUAUGCAGGCCUGUGCUUUUGUGUAUUCUAGUUUAGACUAGUUUGAGUGGGAACUUUUGAUUAGAGUUGUUGUAUUUUGAUCAACGGGACACUGAUGAGUGAAUGUGCGUAGUGCACCUUGGACUGUUUGAGCUCACGUCUGUCAUUCUCCAGGCCUACCGUUGGAUGAUCGACUCGCGAGACGAGUUCACAGAGGAGCGUCUGUCCAAGCUACAGGAUCCUUUCUCCCUAUACCGCUGUCACACCAUCAUGAACUGCACUAAGACCUGCCCCAAGGUAACCUCAGUCUAAUAAACAACAUUACUCCACCCUUCUAAGGGUAAACUGUAAGCUUCACUGCUCACUAGCACUCUCUUCUACUUUCUCAUUGUAGUCAAAUUAAUCACCGCUCUCUCCUACUCUAACAGGGCCUGAACCCAGGGAAGGCGAUUGCAGAGAUUAAGAAGAUGAUGGCCACUUACAAGGAGAAUAAAUCAGCUGUUGCUUGAACCCCGGCCCGCCCUUUUAAUUAUACUACAAUUAAGAUGCCCUACCAGUGACGUCUGCUGGGCAUGUGAACUUCAACAGCUCCACACUCCAGCACUACUGACUGACAUUGGACUCCAAGGGAACGGGAGGGAGGGAGAGAGGGAGAGAUGUAUGUGUGAGACAUGACCUGCUGACUUCACUAGAAUGAUGGUGCAUUCCUUUGUUCAUCCCCAUUGUUUGGUCUCGUGUGGGUUGGGUUGAGUUCAGAGCGUGAUGGAUUCACAGACAAUGAAUAUGUAUAUGAUCUGUAGCGCUUUAAUCAUAACUAGAUAAAGUACCAGUCAAAAGUUCGGACAC